CAAGAUUUGUCGAACAAUAUUUCUAUGCUUUGACGGAUUACUGCUACAGUUAAUUUUGUGACACUUAUUGUUUUUGCACAAAUAUAACGCUAAAACACACAGAAAUUUUUAUAUAAGUUUCUUUUGUUUGAAAUUUAUUUAAGAGAAAAAAGAACAAAAUGUUUCUUAUAGGAUUAAUAACUGCUCUUGUUGUUGCACUGUGUUUUCUAUAUAGUUAUUUCAAAUUUGUGGUAUUUACUUUCUGGCGCAAAAAAGGUGUAUUUUACAUCGAUCCCGUUGUACCAAUUGGUAAUGUGACAUCGUUUAUAAUUGGAAAACUAUCAGUAGGCGAACUAUUUCACGAUAUUUACUUGAAAUAUAAAAACCAUCGCGCUAUCGGAACGUAUAUAUUUUUCAAGCCGAACCUUGUGAUUGCCGAUCUCGAGCUUGUCCGAAUAGUGCUGACAAAAGAAUUUGGUAGUUUUCAUGAUCGAGGCUUUUACAUUAACGAAAAAGGUGACCCAUUAUCCGGCAACUUGUUUUUAUUGCCUGGUACAAAAUGGAGAAAUUUGCGCGUCAAACUCACACCUACAUUUACUUCGGGAAACCUCAAGCAAAUGUUUGGAGUUUUGAAAGAAUGCAGCGAGGAACUCGCGACCUCUUUAAAAACAAUAACCAAAACAGAAGAAUGCAUCGAUAUAAGAGAAAUAUUUGCAAGAUAUACCACAGACGUAAUUAUGUCCGCUGCUUUUGGAAUCAAGUCCAAUUGUAUGACAACGCCGGACAGUGAAUUUCUAUACCAAGGAAAGAAACUAUUUGAAUAUCAUAACUUUUGGUUCGCACUCUUUGCGUUUGUACCUCAAGUUCCCAAAUUUUUUGCUAUUCCUUUCAUUGAUCGGAAUACCUCAAACUUUUUUAUACAAGUGUUUCAGGAUACCUUGCAAUACAGACAAACUCACAAUGUUGUCAGACAUGAUUUUAUGAAUCUACUUAUACAGCUUAUGGAGAAAGGUUGUGUGGCGCCUAAAGAAGGAGACAUCUGCGAUGUUUCGUCGAAUACGAGUAAGAUGUCUAUUCUGGAAGCGGCUGCGCAAGCAUACUCCUUCAUCAUAGGCGGCUUUGAAACUGCCUCAACUGCAGCGACGUUCUGUUUGUACGAAUUAGCAAUAAAUCAAGACGUACAAAACAAGCUUCGUCAAGAAAUUGAUGAAGUCCUGAAAAAACACGGCGAAGUGACUUACAAUGCUGUAAACGAUAUGACCUAUCUGCAUAAAGUAGUAUCUGAAACUCUGAGAAAAUAUCCACCUGUGCCGAUUCUGAAUCGCGUCUGUACCAAAGCUAUAAACUUUCCAACAACGGAUAUUCACAUACCGGAAGGAACUUUAAUGAGUAUAUCGGUGUUCGGAAUACAUAGAGAUCCGGCCAUAUAUCCGAAUCCAGAUAAGUUUGAUCCCGAGCGAUUCAACAAGGAUCAAAUAGCGGCGAGGCAUCCGUACGCUUACUUACCAUUUGGAGGAGGGCCACGAGUGUGUAUCGGUCAACGGUUUGGCUAUAUGCAGACAAAAGUUGGUGUUAUAAAUAUCUUAUUAAACUUCAAACUUAAACUUCAUCCAAAGACUUCGGUGCCACUCAUCAUCGACGGAGCAUCUGUAUUAUGUACGCCCAAAGGCGGUGUACAUCUUAUAAUUGAACCGCUAUAACAGUUCGAGCUGCCUACAGCCGCGUUCAAACUACGUACGUCAUUUCUGUAACAAAGAAUUACAAUAUCGCGAUCAUCCUGCAAACAAAUUAAAGACAAAGAAUAUACAAUAACGUAAUACCAAUAUUGAUAUAAUAAAGAUAUAUACAAUACUUGCAGAAUCAUCGUAUAAGUUUUAUCUGUUAUCCUUGGUAUUGACGUGACGAUAAUAAUACGAAGUGCUCUCAAGAUAUGUCGUUAAACGCUUUUUUACAGUUUGUGACGCAAUAAAUCGGUCUUUUGAAAAGGAAAAAAAAAGAGAAUUCUACAUUGUUUAUACGCUGUUUUUCUCCACUUACUAUAUACUUGUUAUGUUGCUAUACAAUAAAUGUAUUGUUUCUUCAUUUGCAUGAAAAUAUUCUUGUGAAAUAAAAAAUAGUAGUAUAAUAUUAGUUUGACACACUACAAUAUUACACAAAACACUAUUUAUUUAGUCUUAACUGUUAAACUUACGUUUUUCUAUUUCCUUCUUUUUUCUAUUUAUCUGU